AUGAUGAGGAGAAGUACUUGUUUGAUCGGAAAACAGGUUGGAGGUGUUCAUUCACAUCUGAUUUCUCGAGUUCAAAGGAACAAAAGUAGAGUAGGGUGCUUUAUGUCCCAAAAUGAAAUUAUGACGACAGUAUUCCCAAUGUUCCAGCAGCACAUUGAACCACAUCUUGUUCAUGCACAUCUGAAAAUUCGAAAUGACUUUGAUCCUGUGCUUUCUCCUGAGAGCUCAUUGUUUAUGCUCAAAAGUAAUAAGCAAGUGGCUUAUCAAGAUAUUUUAAAAAUCCUUGACCCUGCAAAGAUCUGCAGUUCUGUUCAGAAUUUUAUUGACAUUUAUUUAAGGCUACCUGGAAUACCUGCUAAUGGCCAGUUAACGGAAAGUGACUGCAUAAGAGUCAGAAUUUGCGAAGGAAGAUUUGCGUUGCUCAUACGGGAGCCUAUAAGAGAAGGGAAUUUUAUCAACCAACCAAAAGUGGAUUUUGACAUCAGCAUUAAUACAGUUGCUGGGCUUCUUAACCUUGGAUGCAAUAUUGUCAACAUCUUGCUUAGAGGCACUCAGAAAAUAAUGUUUCAUCAUUUCAGAAUAGAAGAAAGAAGUCUGCGCCGGGUGGCAAUGUUAUCCUGGCAUAAUGCUUACUCACUAAACCAUAUAUAUGCCCGAUAUAGUACGUCCAGUAGCAUGCAAAUGUAUAGCCUUCCUCUGAAUUGUGGGGAGUUGCUAGAGUCUGACAAUAAAUCCUUGUGUCCAGAAAUACCAUACGUUUCCACCGAGUGUAGAGACUGA